GAAUCAAUCCAAUUGUCUAGCUUGCGUUGAACGCUUCUAGAAAUAUUUACAUAUUAUAUUUAUUCGAACAAAAAGAUAACCUAACCUAAACCGAGUCCAAGAGCAAAAAAGAAAAAGAAAACCAGAUCUGUGAUAUGAGAAAUUUUUGCAAUGAAUGAAGAUAAGAUUGUGAUUUGAAUUACAAAUAAAUAAAACUUUUGAGCAUCUAGUAAUAGAAAACUUUUUAAUGUUAGAAUUAAAUUAACAUAAUUUAGUUGCGUCCACGUAACAAUUUUUUGGUUUUUAUUUUGUGAUUACGAUUGGAAUACAUUUUUGGCUAGAAUCAUAUUAUCCCAAGAUGCAAAAAGAAACUGCUUCCCCAAAUGCUGGGCUAGUUAGUAAUCUGGCCGAAUUAACUGGAGCUUCAGAACCUGCACUAAGGUUAUUAUUGUCAAUAUUAGCAGCCUUUCCGAUAGCAGCUCUCCAUCGAUUGUUUGUCCGGAAAUUCGAACCUUUGCUGCAGCAUAUUUUCUUUGCAACAUGCGGUUUCUUGCUAUGCAUAUUCAACUACGGGUUCGAUUCUUACCACAGUGUUGUUGCAAUAUGGAUCACCUACUUGCUGGUGCGGCUGCUACAUCAUGCACCUAAACAAUUGUUGAUUAUUAACUUCGUAUUCCAUAUGAGUUACCUGGUAAUAGGGUAUAUCUUUACUGAAAGCAAUGAUUACGACAUUAUUUGGACAAUGCCACAUUGUGUACUUGUGCUGCGAUUAAUUGGAUUCGGAUUUGAUAUAUCUGAUGGCCAGAAGCCUCGUGAGCAGCUAUCCAAUGAUCAAAAGGAAACGGCCAUUACCCACAUACCGUCGCUAAUUGAACUUACAGCGUACACAUUUUUCCCGGCGUCGUUUUUGAUUGGGCCGCAAUUUCCUUACAGACGGUAUCAGCGAUUUAUUCAGGGUGAAUUCCAUGAACAUAGUGGUGCUGUAAGUGCUGGUCUGAAGCGUUCAGCUGUAGGUGUGUUGUAUUUGACAAUACGACAAGUGGGGGCAAUGAUGAUACCUGAUAGCUACUUGAUGUCAGAUGAAUUCCGUAGUCAAUCGAUGCUUAUGAAGCUAGUUCAUGUAGGGAUUUGGGGUAAAAUAUCUCUAUACAAAUUUAUCUCAUGCUGGUUGCUUGUCGAAGGAGCACUUAUGUGCACAGGCUUCACUUAUGCUGGCAAAACUACCGAUGGAGAAAACGAUUGGUCUGGAUGCUCAAACAUCAAGCUUAUCGUAUUGGAAACAGGAAGCAAAAUGAAUCACUAUGUCCAAUCAUUCAACGUGAAUACAAACAGCUGGGUGGCCCAGUAUAUUUACAAGAGACUUAAAUUUCUUAAUAAUCGCAUGAUAAGUUAUGUGGCAGCUUUGGCAUUCUUGGCCGUGUGGCACGGAUUCCACAGUGGUUACUAUUUAGCAUUUUUCAUGGAGUACGCUAUUAUUACGAUUGAAAAGAAUGUUGAAACUAUUUAUGCUAAAGAUGUAAUUCCAAAGUACGGUGACAUCCUCGAAAAUUCUACAACUUGCAAAGUUGUUUCGUUUGUAUUUUUAAAGAUUUAUAAUAUUAUGUUUAUGGGCUGGUGUUUGAUACCGUUUAUUUUCUUGAGUUAUGAUCGUUACAUGCAUGUUUACUCAACUAUAGGUUAUUAUGGUUUCAUAAUGCUAGGUUCAUUUGUGGUGUCAUUAUGGUCUUAUAAAUUCCUUAGAAAGUCCAAUAAAACACCAAUUGACUCCAAAGAAAAGACAAACUAGAUAAACCCAGUUAAAAUAUCGACCCCUUGUUUACUUGAAACAGAAAUUACAUUGCUUCGAAUAUAAUUACAUAAUUUAAAUAUCUUAUCAUAAAAUACAAAAACAGUAAUAGAAACUUAUUUAUUUAUUAAAAAAUCCGAUGCCUAAAUAAAGAUAAGAAAUAAUAAUAAAACAUGAACUCAUAGAGAAAAUGUUAAGGUCCAAGACCCUCUGCAGUAUUUUACUUAUUAAUACGCAAAUUAAAUGAAAGGGAGUUUAGUUAAAACUGACAAAGGACUUUUUAACGUAUUGCUUAAAUUUAAUUAUGGUUUUUUUUUUUAUAAAGUCUGACCUAUUAAAAACUGUGCGAAAAUAUUUUAAGGUAUGACAGAAAAUAAGAUUACAGGGUCAGAAGAUCACAAAAAAAUUCUAACUUCAUUCCAGCUUACUGGCUACUUGAAAAGAUUAAUUUUGCGUAUUGGGAAGCAAAGAUAGCACUACUGUGGAGUUAGUGAAUGUUCGCAUGUCUCACAUUUGUGUCUAUUGGUUGUUCGCAUUCGAUGAUUCAAUGUAACUGUCCUUGAUAACAUAUAUUUUAUUUUAUCAAUUAAGAAAUGAAAGGACUUGGUUAACCAGUUAAGUUUUUAUUUUGUUCACGUCAGCAAUUAAUAAGGAGAAAAAAAAGAUAGAAUCACCACAACGAAAUUAUGCGACAUUAAGAGAUAUAUUUUAGCAUUUAAUAAUUGCUCCUGUAUUAUGCAGACGUUUGACUGCCUUCAAACAAUUAAUAACGUUAUAAAUAGCACAUGUAUUGAAAAACGUUCGUAUUUCCCUCUAUUUAAAAAAGGAGUUUUAUUUAAGAAUAAUUAAAAACAAAGAUAAUUUUCAUUUGUAAAAAAAGAAUAACAAAGGAAUGAGGACAGUUCAAUUUAUAACAGGAUAAAAUAAAUAACACAUUUUAAAAACAAAAAGAACAACGGAAAUCUUAUCACAAUGUUAAUAAAACUAGUCAAUAUUUUGUUGGGUAGCAGUCCAAACUUGAGGUAGCGGAUCUGUUUAUCGCUUCGUCCAUGCCAUUCCAUAAGUUCUCAGGGAUUGAAAUCUGGGGACUGGGCUGGCCAUUCCAUUAAAUAUAUUAUUGUUUUGCAGACUUCAGAUCGUUUUCCUGGUUCAAUUUCCACCUCAGCGGAUCAUAAGAACCUUCUUGUAUAUAAUUUGAUCCAUAAUAUACCUCAAUGCGAUGGAAAGACUCCACUUAAUUCGGGAAAAUUUGACUUGAGUGCAAUCUGUUUACUUUUUGACUUACGAGUACAUUUGACUUUUUUGAAACAAAUAUUUUGUUACUUUAAAUUUGACAA